AUGGUUCUACAAAGGAUAGGAUGCCCCCCAAUCCUGCGACAACUCAUCUUCUCAUUCCACGAGGAUAUGAAAGGGACUGUCCAGUUCGAUGAUAGAACAUCAGACAGCUUUGAUAUCAGAGGAGGAGUCAAACAGGGCUGCAUACUUGCACCAACUCUCUUUGGCAUCUUCUUUGCCAUGCUUCUAGAAUAUGCCUUCCGCACAUCACCUGGGGAUGUGUUUCUUCACUGGAGAACGGACGGAUCUCUUUUCAACAUUACAAGACUGAAAGCUAAGACGAAGAUUUCAUCAUCUCUCUUAAGAGACCUGCUUUUUGCAGACGACGCAGCACUGGUUGCGCAUAAUGGAAAUACGCUGCAGAUAAUGAUGAACCAUCUCACGCAUGCUUGUCAAGCGUUUUCAUUAAUCAUCAGUGUUAAGAAGACCGCGACACUCACCCAAACUGGUACACCAACAGCGACCAUCACUCUAGACAACAGCCCUUUGCAGACGGUUGAAAAAUUCUGCUACCUGGGUUCAACCAUCACCACCUCAACAUCUCUAGAUGAGGAGCUUAAUGCUAGGAUAGGAAAGGCAGGAACAUCCUUUGGCAAACUGAACAAGAGAGCAUGGAAUAACAAAAUGCUGACUCUUAGAACAAAGAUCAAAAUAUAUGAAGCAUGUGUCCUUAGCUCGCUUCCUUACGGAGCCGAGACAUGGACCUUGUACUCAAGUCAAGAGAAGCGUCUCAACACUUACCAUCUCAGAUGUCUGAGGAAGAUCAUGGGCAUCAGCUGGGAGGACAGGAAGACCAACUCAGAAGUCCUGGAACUAGCAGGUCUCCCAAGCAUGUUUACCAUACUAGGAAAACGGAGGCUCAGAUGGCUGGGUCACUUAAGAAGAAUGGACGACAGCCGAAUACCCAAGCAGCUACUGUAUGGUGAGAUGGCACAAGGCACCCGGCCGAGAGGAAGGCCCAAACUUCGAUUCAAGGACAAAUGCAAGAGCACCUUGACAAAAUUCAACAUCAACCCGUCAAAGUUUGAGGACACGGCAGAUGGUCGCACUGCCUGGAAAUCCACCCUGACGGCUGGAGCCAAACACAACGAGAACAACAUCAUCUCAGCUGCUGCUCAAAAAAGACAAGCAAGAAAGGAAAACCCACCAGUACCCUGCGGUGCACUCACGGAAGAAUAUUUCUUUUACAAAAAUGAUUGUAGAGGUAAACGCAAUGGGCCACAGAAUGAAAAGUUGGAGAACCACUUCAAUUGA